GUUUCCACUACAACAUUCACUCUUUCGAUCGCCUCUCCCUAUCGCUAGCUUGGAAGGAAGUCAAUAGUAAUUCCGGCAUUCGACAUGGUAUGGAAUAAAAGCAGUGCGCGAUACAGUUUUCUUCUGAAAAUUGCUCUGUUGCUUCUGGUGGUCCUUUCGUCGUUCUGUUUUCUCGACCUACAAGCGCAUUACAUGAAAAAUGUAUACCAAGACUCGAUUUCGGUAGUACGCAACAACUAUGUUAUGACUCCUUAUGAGCCGAACAAGACAUAUGACGCGACACAAGAGAACAUACCUCUGAUUGUCGCCUGGACAGACUACUUUUCGAAACCUUUGAAAAAUGUACUCCUCCCUACACUGGCCAAUUGUGAUUCCCGAUGCGAAUUCGUCGAUAGAAAGGAGCACUUGAUCACUAAAAGAAACGCAGCCGCUUACAUUCUACACGGUCGCGAUAUGGACCUUGAUGACCUUCCAAGGCAGAGCUCAAAGCAUCUCAACAUCCUUUUUUUGUUGGAAUCUCCUUAUCACACUGGUUCCCAGAUAUAUCGAGUACCUCGUAAUUACUUCAAUGCGACUAUAACGUACAGGCAAGACUCCCGCUACUUCCAUCCCUAUGGCCAAUUUCAGCCACGAACACAAAGUGAUCCUGUGGGCUCUGUGAUAACGGCGCAACAGGUCUCCGACGCCAUCAUACACAAGAAGAAAGGAUCGCUGAUAUUUAUCUCAAAUUGUCACUCACCUUCCAAACGCGAGAAAUUGAUCAUAGAACUUGGAAAGGUCACAGACGUCACUGUGAGAGGAAAAUGCGAAGACGCACUGUCCAUCAACACAAACACUAAAAGCAUUUACUGCAAAACGGACUGUAGCGACGAUGAAUUAAUAAACACACAUCGCUUCUACAUCGCGUUCGAGAACAGUGAUUGCAAUGAUUACAUCACGGAGAAGUUUUACAGUCGGAUUUCACAGCUGCUAGUGCCUAUUGUGUUGAAAAGACGGAUAUACGAAGCGGCAGGAAUUCCGGAGCACUCUUACAUAGCGGUGGAUGACUUUGAGGACAUUACGGAGUUGGGAAAUCAUCUGAAUUUUUUGCUAAGAAACGACACUGCAUAUCUUAGGUAUUUUGAAUGGACAAAGCACUUUCGAAAGCCAGACGCCUACGUUGGGCAUGCUCUCUGCACCCUUUGCGAAGAUAUCUACAGUAGAAAAAAGCUGAUAGUGAGCGAUAUCAGGGAGUUCUACGACAAAGACCAGUGCUUUUGACAAGAUAUAGUGCCUUAGUGCCUGUGAUGUCUUUGUGCCAUCUAUGAAAUUGCUGUGUAAAUCAACGGGUUUGUCGUGAGCUUCGCAUGUGCACUGUCAACAACUUCUUGUGCACAUGCAUCAACUUCCGUACAUAUUGGAAGAAAUAUUACUUGUUAUAUACCAUAAAUUUGAACAUAACCUUCCGCGAUUUGUGAUAUAUAUUCGCAUAAAGAGU